CGUGAACUCAGCAUCGUCACUUUCAAUUCCCAGCUUCACCAGAUGUGCUGGCCCUCACCCAAGUCGUCUUCAAAAAGCAGUCCUCGCAACUAUUCCUUAGAUAGGAACUCGCUACCGUCACCAACCGCGUUUAGGUUACCAACCGCGUUUAGUCGGCCGUCAAAUCCCAGGAGCCGCAAACGAUAAGCCUCCGGCCCGCCCAUCGCCCUCCGCACAAAACCGCCGUGCGUCCUCUUCUCGACACCGCGCAAGUCACCGCGACACGAACCCGCAAUGGCCGGCAACAACUUCGCCCAGUUCAUGGUCGUCGGACCGACCUGUUUCUUCCUGGGCAUCCUCUUCGCGUCGCUGCCCUACGAUUACAACGCGCUCUGGGCGGUCCCCGCGGACCGCGACGCGUACUUCACGAUCCUCGAGGACCACAUCAAGUUCCUGUACGCGUCGCCGCCGAUCAUCAGCCGCAUCCUGAACAUGGUGAUCGGCACCGGCAUCCUCGGGUUCCUGCUGAAGCUGUUCCGCGCCUCCGAGAGCAACAUGCUGUUCGACGGCGCCAGCCUCGUGCUGUACAUGGCGGGUAUCACCGUGUACCUGACCAACAUCGUCAAGGGCUUCCGCGUCGUGACUGCGGGGAUCUACGGGAACUUGUCGCCGGAGAUGCAGUCCGAGGUGCAGGAGGACGGCGAGGGCGAGUAUAUUAGCCGCGAGGACACGCUGAGGGUGUUUGCAGCUAGUAAUACGAUUCUGGCGCUUGUGCUGGUGGGUGUCCUGGUGCUGCAGGCCGGGCAGUGGUAUGCGAAGCGCGCGGAGGAGAUUGAGAUUCGCGAGAUCGAGCGCAAGGAGGAGGAGCGCAAGAGCGCGGGGAAGAAGAAGAACUAGGCGGUGAUGGGGAGUAGUAGGCCACGGGGCCGCGCGCUGGGGGCGCUGUGGCCCGCAGCGUCUGUCUCACAGGGAGAAAGUAGUUUGGUAAUUCGUUUCUGCAUCAUCCCGUCCUCGUCUCUCUGAAUCGUGUUUCUCACCGUGAGCCGCGGCGGGCGCCCCAGACAUCUGGCUGUCCACGCCGCCGCUGCCAAACCCCGUUUGCACCUCCCCCAUCCACCCCAACCCACUCGCACCAAACACCCAAACACCCAAACACGCCAAACGCUACUCCAUUGCCUCCAUCCCUUCCCCAGCACACCACGUACACUGC